AUGGCUACCAUGAUGCCACCCACCACUACCCAAACCUCGCCGAAGAGAAAGUCUGCAGCGGCAGGUUUAUCCGCUGGGGGUAGAACCGUGAAACGACGUGCUUCCAAAGCCUGCCACUGUUGCCGUGGGAGGAAGGUUCGUUGUGACGUCGUUGAGAGCGGUAUUCCAUGCACAAACUGCAGACUGGACGAGGUUGAGUGUGUGGUCACCGAAGGAAAGCGGCGGAGGAAGACAUAUUCAGAAGGGGAGCUCUUUCACCAGUCCCCGUGCAAUUCCGCCGAAGACGAGAAGGAACUCCCGCAAUUUCCCAUCUUUGAAGACAUCGACGAGCUCAACAACUUUCUUCCGAGCCUACCUUCCUGCGAGACAACCCUAUCGCUGAAAAGCUCGGAAGAUGUAUUCCAGCAUAAGCCGCAUAUGCUUUACCAAACGCAGGGACAUCGUUUGAGCCAGGAGGAGCGGUUCCGGCGGAUGUCUGUGAUUAGCAGCAAGCAGAACUCUCCCUCAUUGCCUCUGCCAUCGACGAUGUCUUAUUUUCCCCAGCAGCCGAGCCGUCCAAAUAUUGUCCUGCCACCGUUCAUUCGGCAAAUAUCGCCCAGGAUCAUGACGGAAGAUCUUGAAUUCCUGCAGAGGAAGGGAGCCCUCCUGAUCCCGGAGACAAGCUUUCGAAACGAGUUACUUCGGUGUUACGUGCAAUACGUGUACCCCUUUAUGCCGAUCAUCGACCUCCAGGACUUCUUGGGCACCAUCGAGAAGAAUCAAGCCACGGAUACGAUGAGCCUGUUGCUAUUUCAAGCUGUCAUGUUCGCUGCCACUGCGUAUAUUGACAUGCGCUAUCUGCUGGCUCAAGGCUACAUGACCAGAAAGGCUGCCAGAAAGUCUUUCUUCGAGAAAGUCAAACUCUUGUACGAUUUCGACUAUGAAGCUGACCGGAUCACAAUCGUGCAAGCAGCCCUGUUGAUGACUUACUGGUACGAGAGUCCUGACGAUCCCAAGGACGUCUGGCACUGGCUGGGUAUAGCGACCUCCGUGGCAAGAACCAUUGGACUGAACUGCGACACAUCUAAUGCCCCUCUCAUGACGCCACCGCAGCGUCGACUCUGGAAACGCAUAUGGUGGUCAUGUUAUAUGCGAGACCGAUUAAUCGCCAUUGGUAUGCGGCGUCCCAUGCGGAUCAACGACGGGGACUUCGAUGUUCAAAUGCUUGAACUAAGUGAUUUCGAGACGGAGUCAUUAUCACCCGAACUUUGCAAAAUGCUCGGAGGUUGUCCGGCGGUGAAAGACAGCUCGAAGCGAGUCACGUUGGCAAAGAUGUGCAUAGGUCUCGCGCAGCUCUGCCUUUGCAUCAGCAAAGUUCUCGCUGUCCAAUAUUCCACCCUGGGUCACAAGAUUGGGGCGACUCAAGAGACCACGAUGAGAUUGGUCCCAAAGAAGUCAGCGGCAGAGCCCGCUGAUGUGAUACACUGCGAUCGCGAAUUCGAUCAGUGGCACCAGGGCUUGGAUGCCGGCAUUCCUUAUUUUGCUCCAAACUCCGGUGAACGAGUUGCGACGAACGACGGAGAAGUUGUCCACUUGCACCGUGCUCUAUUGAACGGGGUAUACCUGACAGCGAUCAGCGCGCUGCAUCGACCACAAAUUCUACCGUCUGCUCCCAACGUCGUGGUCGCGCCAGAGUUGAGAGAGCUAUCGAAGCGGAAGGUCCGGGAGGCAGCUGACGACAUUACCGAAAUGUAUAAAGAACUUUUCGCCCUUGACAUGAUACGGUACCUACCAAACACUGGUGUCACCUGCCUCCUCCCAGCCAUCAUCAUCCAUCUCCUGGACAUCAAGUCAACGGACAGCAACAUCCGUCAGGCCAGCACCCGGAAAUUCCACUUUUGCAUGCAGGCGUUGCAGAGGCUGCGGGAGAUGUACGCCUCUGCGGACUUUGCCUUCUCUUUCUUGGACGCGGCCGUUCGCAAGACAAACGCGCAGGUCUCAGCUGCCGUUGCAGCCGCCCCGGCAAUGAAAGAGUCGCACAAUCAUCCUACAGUCGAACAGAAGCUUGGUCAAGCUCCGUUGUUGCUGACACCGCCACCUGAAGCGAUGCAGACAGCCAGCUUGUUGCUUAUGAACUCCACUCUGUCGCCCGAAGAGCGGAGUCUUAUUGCCGCAUAUACUCCGAGGACGCCCGCUGGCUCGGAUGUGAGUUUGAGCUCCCACACAACGGCAGGAGCAGCGUCUGCAUUGACCGACCUGCCCGAGGAACACGACGCUGAGAUCAAAGAUGAGCUCGGACAGAUGGAUGAAGCCGAUUUUGACACUCUCAUGGAGCUGGAAAGCGGGACGGAUCUGUUCGCUAUGGCUGAAGAUGACAUGGACUUGAGUAUGCAGUGGCUGCAGGGGUUUGAUGCCGACAAGCUCUCACCGGGCACGGGCGAGUUCCCGCUGCAGACAAUCGAAGAGGCCGAGGAACCAAUUUAUGCGGAGCGGGCCCUCGAAGUGAGUGACGAACUCGGUAUGGGCCUGGGCAUCUAA